GGGCGCAGGCGCGGCCCCGCCCCAAGGGAAGCGGAAGCGCCGCUCGGACUGCAGUGAGUUUUGGAGAGAACAGCCAUGGGCGUUAGAGGUUUGCAGGGAUUUGUGUCAAGAGUUUGCCCUGAUGCGUGCAAAACAGUAGAUCUGAGAGAAAUGGCAGAAAAACAUCGUGUCGAUCAUCCUGAUUUCCCACCUGUUAUUGUAGUAGAUGCCAUGAGUUGUGUUAGAUACUGGUACACACCAGAAUUUUGGGUGUGUGGUGGCCAGUGGCGGGAGUACCUUGCCAUUUUAGAGGAUUUUGUUAACGUUUUUAUGGCAGCUGGUAUCAAGUUGGUGUUUUACUUUGACGGAGUGGUAGAAGAGAAAAAGAGAGAGGAGUGGAUCAAACGGAGGUGGAAUAAUACCAAGGAAAUAGCCAGACUAUUUCAGUUUAUUAAGACUCACAGGAAACAACCGGGCAGAGAAAUGUUUGUUCUUCCCUCAGCUUUGCCUACUUUUACACGUUAUGCCCUGAAGUCACUUGGUCAAAAAACAGUAUGCACAUUGCAAGAGGCAGACUUUGAGGUGGCUGCAUAUGGUUUGCAACACAACUGCAUAGGAAUUCUGGGGCAAGAUAGUGACUACCUCAUCUAUAAUACAUGUCCCUACUUUUCCAUUGAGAACCUCCGUUUGGACAGACUGGUCACUGUUAUGUACUCUCGAGAGGAACUUUGCAAUGUGUUGGGUAUUAGUUUGACACACCUCCCUCUCUUUGCUGCCUUGCUUGGCAAUGAUGUUGUUCCAGAAAGCUUGUUGGAAGGCUUUUGGCACAAAUGUUUAGCCACCAGUCCCCACAAGAACAGCAGCUACAACAGAAGAACAAAAAUACUUCUAGGUGUAGCAAAUUACAUCUCAAAAAUUCCAUGCUCAUACAGCAGCUUGAAACACUUGGAAGACAUGCUACCUCUGGGAUCAGACAAAACCUUGCUUUACAGAGGAAUAAAGUCCUAUCUUUUACCUGGGCAGCAGUCUCCAUGGAUUCCUCCCAAUGUAACAAAUUGUCAAAUGUUAUCUCUUCAGCAGCAAUCAGUCAUCUGUCAAGAUAAAGAAAUCUUUCAGUUAGCUAAAGAACAGCAUAUCCAAUCUGAAAAUUAUUCAGUCUUCAAUAUCCUGAGUAAUGGAGUUAUUGAGUGCAGCAACUCUUUGGAAGAUGAUUGUGAUACAGAGAUUCCUGGACAGUCACUUAUCUACCGCCCUGCUCGUCAGCAUAUUUAUUCUGUCUUGUUGGAAUCUGGAAAAGGUGGAGCCUAUCCUUUGGUAAAAGAGUGGUUUGUCUAUUUUGGGAAUCCUCUCAAGCAGCCGGAGCUAAUACAACCUGUACAACCUUCUGUUCCAGGUGGAACACCUGAUUUGAAAACACUGUGGCUUGCCAAAGGACCUGAUGUGGAAAAGCAACGGUAUAGUACGUUUCUGGCAUGCUUUCACCUUCAGGAUGAGAUGGAAGAACUCCAAGCUCUAGAAGCACCUGUUGCAGGAUUCUGUUGCUUGCUGACCUAUCUUAUGAUGCAGGUCAGUAGCCUCUCUCUGGAAGACUUAAAUGCAUUUGUGGCACUCAUUCUCUGCCUCAAAGGGAAGUCAGCUGCUCAACUGGCAGGUCUGCAGCUUGCAGAAGUAGACUCCAGAGCUGUACAUCUUGGCGCUGUCUUGGUUCGUGGCCUUACAACGUUGCUCAUGGCCAACAGCGCCUGUGGCUUUCCAUUCAGAAUGGAUGAUUUGAUGCCUUGGACAGUGUUUGAUGGAAAACUUUUUCAAGAAAAAUACCAGCAGUCGCACCGAGGUUGCUCUGUGGAAGAGCUUUUGGAAGGCAAUGAGUCUUUGUAUACACCCUUCCAGAAUCUGAAGUCUUUCAUUUGCAAGGUUUGCAUGGCAAAGAAAAGAGUGAUACAGAGCAGACCAAGAGGGAAUGGAUAUAACGCAGGGAGAGAACAAAGAGAUUUUAAUCCCAGAUUCCAACAACCACGCAGAAGUCAUUUUGUUUCUCCAUAUCAUAACCAGAUGAGGGGGUUCGUACAGAGAAAUCCUCAAUCACAAGGUGGAGGAUCAGGACAACCAGACCGGAGGAGAUUUCACCUUCCUCCUCGAUAAAGAGUACAUGUCUACAGGUGGCAAACUGAGAUGAUGGGAUAGUUACCUUUGAGAUAAUUUUUGUUUAUGAGAGCCUCUUUUUAUGAACUUUGUACAAAUAACUGAACCACGUAAUUGUGGAGGAAAUCCCUCAAAGCUGAGGCUGUUCACCUUAUUAAUCAGUUUUCAUGUUUGCUCUGUUUUUAUGAGACCAGAAUCACUAAAACUUAAGUUACAGAUACCUGAGGCACAUUAACAUCCCAGUACAGCUCCAUGGUUUUGUCCAUUAGAUAAUAGAAAGUCUGAAGUGUUUUUUACAACACUGUUAGAUAUUUCUGAGUGUAAAUUUAGGACCUAAACUAUUAUUUUUGCAUAUUUUUGUUAUAUUUGUUUAUCUUACAAGACUUUCCCCACUGUGAAUAAUGUGUCAUGUUCGUGCUGUAUGUGGUUUGUGUCUUAAUUGUGGAUUAUAUCUGUAUCUUAAGGGUUAUACCAUUGUUACUGAAACCUGUAGAAAAGUUUGAAACAUGCCAUCACGGAUGUAAGCAUCAUCUGCCAGUGAAACAAUAUCACCUUUUUGUAAAAAUGUAACUUUCUUACAAGAGACAAAAAUUGCUAUUACAUUUGGUACUUCCAGUUAAACUACUUUUUCUAUCUUUGUCAACUGAGGAGAGAAAGAAUCUGUCAUGUUUUACUUCUGUAAUGAAUAAUACUUAUGAGAGCUCGAUAUUUAUUUUCUGUCCAGAAUUCUAAUUCGAACACCUAUCUUCAGAAUUAUUUCUUAAAAAUUGAUAAAUUUCACUUUGUUAUUCAAUUUCAGUGAUAUAUGUAUUUCUUUAAUUUUAAAAUUAAUACAUUUUAAAUAUUAUUAAAAUGUGAUUAUUCACUUAAUGUUGUUUCUUUGGCCUUGUGCAGGUAACUUCUUGAAUCAACUCUCAGUGGAACUUAGUUCCUGUUUAGUAUACAUUAGGUCCAAGUGAAUAAUAUUGUCAGACACACAUAACUCCAUGCUAUGAUUUCCUUGCAUGUAUUUUUCUGUUUGUAAUCCAAUAAAUACAUUCUUUUGUACUUAGCAUACAGCAACAAUCCAACUAAAGAAAUAAGCAAUACAGGAUUUCUAGUUCUAUUGAAAGUUUUAACAGACUCAAUUUUUGUACAACACAGUGUAUAAAUCCUUUGCGUUCCAAGGUUCCCGCCAUGAUGGGGUAUUCCUGCUUCCUUUUUUGAUUGAUUUGUCACUGACUGUAAUUGUACUAUCAUUUUUUUCUUACCCCCCCUCACCCCUGAAACUUUUGGAAUAAUAUGGUCUGAGUUUUAUGGAAAGUUCUCUAGUUUCAGAGAUCUCAUGAUAUAUAAUGGUGUAUUUGAAAAGAACGUGAUUGUGUGCCAGAAUUUGUUGGUAAUUCCCCCUUCAGGAUUUGAUAUGAGAAAAGUUUUCUGUUGGCCUCAAUAAAUGAAGUUAAAUACAGCUAGAGUGGGAGUUUUGCUGUGCUAGCUGUGGUAUGCUGUGAAUUGUUGGUAAUAAUUACCCUGACUACUGAAGAAUUGAUAGUGUCUCUGCAAGAGUUUUUUCCUUCUUAAUGUUAGACCAUAAGCAGAAGCUGCUUAUUAUUGUUUCCAAGCCAAAAUAUUUUUUCCCACGAGGAAUUGUAGAGUGAAAGCAUAAGCACGAAGUCGAAACAUAGAGGUGCUACUUUCCUUUCUCACUGCGCUUUGAAUUGUUCAGAGUACCAUAAAGCUUAUGGGCUCUAGAAGGAAAUCAUAGACAAGAAUAUGACCUUAGAGCUCCAGUCUUUAUCCAGUCUAAUAGGAUUUCCUUAAAUUUGGACUACAGGGUUGUUUUGAGUGGUUACAGGACAGGGGAAAAACAGGCGUGGAUUUGAAGUCAUGUGCGUUUGUGAAGAAAAGCGUUCUUGUUCAGCUGUACUGCUUACAAUCUUCCCUAGC